GGCGCUAUCAUGGCGGGUUUGCUGAAGAAGACCACUGGCCUUGUGGGAUUGGCUGUAGGUGACACUCCGCAUGAGAGGCUAAGAAUAUUGUACACAAAGAUUCUUGAUGUUCUUGAGCAAAUCCCUAAAAAUGCAGCAUAUAGGAAGUACACAGAACAGAUUACCAAUGAGAAGCUGGGUAUUUUAAUGGAAACAGAUGUUAAAAAAUUAGAGGAUCGACUUCAGGGUGGUGAAAUAGAAGAGGUGAUUCUUCAGGCUGAAAAGGAACUAAGUCUGGCAGGAAAAAUGAUACAAUGGAAACCAUGGGAACCUUUAGUGGAAGAGCCUUCUGCCAACCAGUGGAAAUGGCCAAUAUAAUGACAUGUGUGUUGAUGAGAAACUGAUGCAAUUAAAUGUUCUGUUAAAUUUAAAAUGUUUCCAU